UUGUUGACAUCGGAUGGAAGCGACCAUCUGAGUGAAGACAGCGGAUCAAAGCUUCUUUUCUCCCGGCCAUCCAGACCCUCCGCCCCGGGGAAGCUGAGGUAGACCCGGCAGCGGAGCAGAGCUCACCCACCGGUGACCGCUGGUUGUAGCUGUUAGCAAAGGAGCUAGCGCUAGCCCCACUAGCUAGCCCCGCUAACAGCAUAGCAGGGAAAGUCAUCGUUAGCCAGCAGCUAAUUGAAGUGAACUGUGCGGACCCCGCUUCGCUAAAUGAAGCUUUAAACAGAGGACCACGCGCGGCUGAGUGUUGCACUCGGUCCGAGCAGUGCUCGCCUCCUGAGGGGACCUGCACUGGCCUGUGUGUGAUCUGAGCUGGAGAAGAAGGGGGGCGCGAACAUGGCAGCCAAAGCAGGAGACAACCCUGAGAGCCUCAUGACUCUGGCGACCGUGUUCUGCCUGAGGAACCUCAGGAAGACCAUGUGCUACCAGGGCUUCAAGAACAAGCUCUGCCUGCGCUCGGACAUCUUCCUGCCCAGUGAGAUCUGUGACAAGCUGGUCAACACAUACAUGGAGCUGGUUCACACGGACAGUAACUUUGAACCAGAGGAGAGCUUCUUCCAGCUCUUCUCAGACCCUCGGAGCACCAGACUGACCAGGGUGCAGCUGAGAGAAGACUUUGUACGGGACAGAGAUCUGGAGGCCAUUAGAAAACAGGACCUGAUUGAGCUCCACCUCACCUACUGCAACAGCCUGUCGUCCCGCAGCCUGAAGACACUGACCUGCUUCCGAGAGACUUUGCUGUCGCUCUGUCUUUUUGGCUGCAGCCACAUCUUCUACAGGAAGGGCGGCGCCCCACUCGCCUGCAACGAAGACUCUGAGGACGAGGAGGAGGAGAGCCCCGCUUCUAGGCAGGCGUUAGAGACGGACUUUAACUUCCAGGGGUUCAACCGUCUGCGAUUGCUCAACCUGGGCGGUCUGCCUGACGAGGUGGAUGCCGAGACGCUGCUCAAACCCCUGAAGUCUCUCACCUCACUAGAUCUGUCUAAUGUACAGUUGCUGGGAACAGCAUUUCUCACCCAGUGGAAAGACAGAUUGGCCUCGCUUGUCCUCUACAACGUGGAUCUGUCGGAGGAGCUGGUCAGCACAGUGGUGGAGCUUGUUAAUCUCAGGCAUUUCGACAUCUCGCGGGAGAGCCGGCGGACCUCUAAGUUCAAGAUGACACGGAAGAUUUUGACAGCGUUCGUCCAGCGUCUGGUCAAUCUGGUGUCGCUGGACAUCUCAGGUCACAUUAUGCAGGACAACUGCACAGUUCCACACUUUGAAGAAGCCAUAGGGCGACCGAGCAUCGAGCCGUGCAAGAGCAGCAUCUAUCCGUUCCAGGAGCUGAAGAGGCCGCUGCAGUUUGUGGGCCUGUAUGACACUACCCUCUGUAACGUCACUCACAUCCCGGCUUAUAAGGUGACUGGAUCAAAGAACGAAGACCAGGUCCUGAAUGCCAUCGAAGCCUACACAGAGUUCCGUCCUGAACUCGCCCACAGAGCCAUCAAUCAGCUGUUUGACAUCGCCAGGAUACAACACUGCAGUCAGCUGCUCCGCGCGUUGCAACUCGUCAUCGCAGCCUUGAAAUGCCAUAAAUAUGAUAAGAGCAUCCAGGUGACGGGCAGCGCCGCCCUGUUCUACCUGACCAACACGGAGUACCGCAGCGACCAGAGUGUGCGGUUACGCCGAGAGGUCAUUCAAGUGGUACUGAAUGGAAUGGAGCAGUAUCAGGAGGUCACCGUCCAGAGGAACUGCUGCUUGACUCUGUGCAACUUCAGCAUCCCUGAGGAGCUGGAGUUCCAGUACAGUCGGGUCAACCAGCUGCUGCUGAAGAUCCUGGAGCCGGCGCGGCAGGACGAGUCCAUCCAGAGAAUCGCUGUGCACCUGUGCAAUGCUCUGGUCUGUCAGGUGGACAACCAUCACAAGGAGGCUGUGGGGAAGAUGGGCUUUGUUAAGACCAUGUUAAAUUUAAUUCAGAAGAAGCUACAAGACAGGACGUGUGACCAGGUGAUGGAGUUUUCCUGGAGCGCUCUGUGGAACAUCACAGACGAGACACCUGACAACUGUCAAAUGUUCCUCAACUGUCGGGGGAUGAGUCUCUUUCUCGAGUGUCUUCAGGAGUUUCCAGACAAGCAGGAGCUUCACCGCAACAUGCUGGGGCUCUUGGGGAAUGUGGCUGAGGUCAGAGCCUUGAGGCCUCAGCUGCUCACCCCACAGUUCAUCACCGUUUUCAGUAACCUUCUGGACAGUAAGGCCGACGGGAUCGAGGUGUCGUAUAAUGCCUGUGGCGUGCUCUCACACAUCAUGUUUGAUGGGCCGGAGGUUUGGUCGAUGGAGGAACCCCUGAGGGACACGGUGAUGGACAAGAUGAUGGACGCCAUUCAGAGCUGGGACGUCAGCUCACGGCGCAACAUCAACUACAGGUCGUUCGAGCCGAUCCUGCGGCUGCUGCCUCAGGGCAUCGCUCCGGUCAGCCAGCACUGGGCCACGUGGGCGCUCUUCAACCUGGUGUCAGUUUACCCGGGCAAGUAUUGUCCUCUGCUUAUUAAAGAAGGAGGAAUCGUUCUUCUGGAGAAAGUUCUGGAACUGGACAGCUCCCAUCCAGAGACCAAGGACAUGGCCAGGAAAGUGAUGGAGCAGUGUGAAACCUUCAAGGACGACCCCAUGGAGACAAACCAGGGACAGGAGGUAAACUUCGGACAAAGAGGUUGACGCCACAGGAGCAAUCAAUGAAAGCAACCUACGGCCCUGCCGACCGCCAUCCUCACGAGGGCCGAUCGUGUGCAUUAUUCUUACUCUUAUCAUUCUUAUUAUUUUCUAGACAGAACUGUCUCUGAGCUGUCACAGCAGUUUGGACAGAACCUUAAUAUUUGACACGUAGGACAGCAGACGUGGUGCAUGGUGUUUUGUUGUGAGGGUGCUUACCUGCUGCACAUGAGCAUCUCCUUUGGGUCUGUGGGGGGUGGGUGACUCUGUUUCCUGUGUGUGUGCGUGUGCGUGUCACAGACUUAGCGACGGACAGAACAGUUGGAGUGAUGCUUGAUCUCGGUGGAAGGAAACAAACUCCCUCCUCAGCUCACUGCCUUCGAGGCCUCGUCGUGUCCUGCGUCUCUCCUCCCAGUUCUCAUGCUCGUCCGCCCAGUUGCGGACACAUGUACAGUGAAUAUUAGCCAUUAUGUGUGUAGACUGCAGAGAAGAGUCACACUGAUGUUUGAUGUGACGGGAGACUUUCCCGACCUCGUGGCACAACGAUGGACUUCUUUGUUAAAUAUGUAAAUAUUCUGUUUGUCUCAUCCUUUUACUGUGCGUAUGUUUUAUAAUAUAACUGUAAACACUCAUGACUUUUCUCUAUAUUUAAAUCUCUAGGUUUGACUAAUGUGUGGUCAGUGAUCAGAAACUAUUAACAGAAAAUUCUGUCAUUCAGGUUUUGUGUAGAAAACCUGGACCCUCUUCGUUCUUAAAGGAUCAUUUAGAUUCAAGCUACAUCCACAAGACCACGUAUUCCUUUUGAAACCCAUCAGUGUCCGAACCACGGCAGAGUUUCCAGCUUCUAAAUCAGAGACUUGUGUAAAAACGCUGCUGGUUGUGUUUUAAUCAGAACUGAAACUGAGACUUAAGUAAACAAUGACAUAGACGUUCUCGUCCUGAUUGGUUCUCAUCAGUCACAUGACUCGACUAGCAGCGGUGGACACAAAUCGUCGCUAACACUUCCUGUCAGUAGCACUUCCUGUCAGUAACACUUCCACACACAAUAGAGUGUCUGAGGUGGUCUAACCAUACAGACGACAUCUUGAAUCUCAAAGCAGCGCCAAUUAUUCUGCCCCUCCUUAACUCACCAGUGCCCCUGGUGGUCAGGUUCUAUGCCAGAUAAUGACAGAGACGAAGUUGAGGGAAACGAUCAUUUAACGACCUCUGAUGACCCCUCGUGUUUCCUGGGGUCAACAUGCUGCUACGUUUCUGCUUCACUGCGAUCAGACACUUUGCUCUUGAAAGCUGAGAGGAGAAGAAUGAAGUGGUGCGUUCACAUCUAUGUUAAAAUAUUUGAAACUGGAAAGAUGUGUUCAAGAAGUCUCAGAAAUUAAAACGUCAAACUCACAGGAACUGAACACUAUCGCAGAUCUCCCCUUGAACUUGUUCUCACUGAACUCGACUCACUUAAAUCUGAGUCGGAGUUUAUUUACUCCAUUUGUGACCUUACAGGCACCGGUAGCUUCGACUCUCAGUGGAACGUUAAAGUAGACGUGUUUUUUUUGUGUUUCUUUCCUCUCGUGUGUUAUAAAGAUUUUUGGUGAAUGUAGAAGUUCUGCAAAGUUUAAAAGCCCAAAGUCUGUGGUAAAGGGAGUUCCUCUCCUGCACAGGAAGCACUGCUGCUCCUGAAACACCUCGUUAGUACCGACUGAUUCUUCCUCAUCAUCGUGAUGUCACGAUGCCCCACAUCUGCAUAACCCCCACCUGGCGUCUAGCCUCCCGAAGCUCCUCGUCAGUCGUCUGGACGAUAGUUAAAAACAACCGACACGGUUUCCCUAACAAAGUCAGGUAGUGACAGCUGACCAAUCAGAGCAGACUUUAUCAGGAGGAGGGUCUUAAAGAGACAGGAGCUAAAACCAAGUGUCCGAGGAAAGAAAUGUUUCUUGAUCAUUAAUGAAAACAUUUUACAGUCAUAACACUAAUUAAAAUCAUCAACCUGAAGAUGAACAUUUCUCCUUUAACUAUAUCAACAGAAUAGGAAUCUACGUGGGCAGGUUCUGGUCUCAUUUAUCAUUUGCGAUGGUUGAACGGAUAAAGGAAAAUUGAAUCUGUUUAUUGUAAUGAAUUUUUCUUGUGUUGGCUUGGGCAACAAGUGACUAUUUCCAUUAUUCAUCCAUUUUAUAUUUAUAUUUUACAAAUAAUGGUAAGCUGUGAACAGUUCCUAAGUUUGAGGUCCGAGCUGUUUCUUCGUUCCAGUUUGACUCCGGCCCCCCAGCGCAGCGAUGCUGCUGGUGUGACUGGGACGGCGAGGCGAAGCUGGAGCUGAAGGAACACACAUGCAAUGAUGGUUAUUUUCUCCUGCAGCUGGUUGAGUUGAAUCAGAUCUGACAUAUUAAACAGUGGUUUCUAAUAACACCACACUGGCUCCAGUGUGUCGCUCAGUGACUUUAAAUAAAGAUGGACGACGCAUUGCCACUUCCUCCCCACUGUACAAGCCAACUAUCAUUAAAUAACUGAUUCAAACCAAACUCAUCAGAAACACCUGAACAAACAUCUGUGAGAUAAGAACGACCUGAAAUGACAGAAACAUCUUUCGUCUACUUUGAUUCUUUAGUUAGAUCCAUUGCCCGUCUGCUAACAUGGAGGUUAAUAAUGUAAAGUGCAGUCAGCCACCAGGGGGAUGGAGAUGGUUUGGCUUCACAGUUAGAGUCGUCCAUCUUUAUUGACGCACAGCUCCAGCCUAUUUACAGUUUGUCGAUGCUGAACAGAUUUUUUAUUUUACUUUUCAGAUCGCUCACAUUUGGUUUUAUUCACUGAGCUGAUUUCCUUGUCACGUACAGUUUGUUGGAAUCUGAUCGGUACAGUCGUGUUUUGUUUCUAUUUUCACUCUCGUUCAUGUCAACAUAAGCUUGAUCAGAGACUCAAUGUUUCUGUCGGGAAUUCAAUUGAGGUCAAAUCUAAAUCUGAGUCGGUUAGUGACACAGUGUUUGAUCUAAGGUGCUUGAGGUGGAAAGUGGAUUUAUCUUCAGCCUCCAUCACUCAUCUGACUUCUUAGUUGUCAUGAAUGCUUCCCAUGCAGAAACACAUUGUGAUGGCAGGUAGCUACUGUGGGUUGUUGACUGUCCCUGAUUAUUUAUAAAGAUGUAUGUGCUGAAAUUUAAAAAAGAAAUAAUGAGAAACUGCUGUGUCACAAACUGAUUUCACGUUUCUGAAGUGUGAUGACACUCUGUCAUUGGUUUCUUUUGUAAUUGUAAUCCAAAUCUGAGUGAGGGACAUUUGAUCCGAACUGUGUGGAGUUUUUCCUGAUGUGAAUAUUACCAGGCCGUUGGUGUAAAGGAAAGAGUAAGCAAUAAAGAUGGAGUGGGAAAGA